UCUGGAAAGGUUCACGUCACUCGCUGCCGCGUUCGCUCGACUUUGCGCCAAUCUGCCAGCAAGAUGCCUUUCGUCGAGCUGCUCAGCAACCUUCCGUCCAGCAGCUUCUCCGAUGAAUUCGUUCGGAAGCUCGGCUCUUGCAUCGCCGCUGCUCUGGGGAAGCCGGAGGAAAGAAUGAACGUGGUGGUGAAGCCUGGAGUGCUGAUGCUAGUCGCUGGCUCCAGCUCUCCUUGUGUGAUUCUUUCCGUGUCAGCCAUCGGUGCCACUGACACCGCUGACAAGAACAAAGAACACAGCGCCAAGAUCUUCAACUUUCUCACCCGAGAACUGAACUUGAGUGAAGAUCGAAUAGUGGUCCAGUUCCAUAGCCUGCAGCCCCAUCAGGUGGGAAAGAACGGGACGGUGAUGAGCUUCAUGUGAGCCUGUGGUGUGAUGUCCACUGUGUUCUACAGUUGUUAGAGUAGAACCAUGUCACUACCCAGGUGAGACUGCGAUGGUCAUUUAGCUUCCUGCUGACUGGUCUGCGAGAUAUCUGUACUUUAACUAUUUUGGUGGUUUAAAUAGUCACAAUAUCCUGUUCCUUGUGAUGAAUGGGAUUUUUUUUACCAUGCUAUGAAGAGCUGUUUUGUGUCAUGCUGUGAAAAUCACCCUGCACUGAGACAUUUACACUUGGAGUCAUGUCCAAUUUCUGAACAUGGCAGUCUCCCAUUCAUGUUCCAAACCAGCCUCAUCAAACCAAUUUCACAUCAUGUGAAUUUCACCUCUAUUUCGCAUUCAUCUAUAUAUUCAGAGAAUAAUCAUUAAUUCUGGAUGACAAUGGUUAUUGAAUAUCCUCAAUAAAAAUGACUGUUUUCCUGG